GCGGAGAACACGUACAAAGGGGACCGUCAGCAGGUUUUCACGGUCAGACUUUUACCUUUUUUAAAAACUUUUUCCCUCCUCAGCAGCUGAUUGUAACCUCCUGGUGGUACAUUGUGAACAAUUUUUUCAGCAUCCUACUGACUGACGUUCUGGUGUCAGAGUUGAGAAAAUGAAUUUUUGGAAGAUGUGGUGCGUCGCUCUCCUCCUCCUGCCUUUGAUGGUAUCAGCCCAGUAUCAGGGGGACAGUGGAAUAAUCAUUCCAGAGCAUGGAUUUUGUCAGCCCAUUACAAUACCUUUGUGCACGGACAUAGCGUACAACCAAACCAUCAUGCCCAAUUUAGUGGGUCACUACAACCAAGAGGACGCUGGGCUCGAGGUGCACCAGUUUUACCCUCUGGUGAAGGUCCAAUGCUCGCCGGAGUUGAAAUUCUUCCUCUGCUCCAUGUAUGCGCCUGUGUGCACCGUUUUGGAGAAAGCCAUUCCUCCCUGCAGGUCUAUCUGUGAGCGAGCCAAACAGGGCUGUGAGGCACUCAUGAACAAGUUUGGCUUCCAGUGGCCGGAGCGUCUGCAGUGUGAGAACUUCCCGAUCCUUGGACUUGGACAUAUCUGUGUGGGACAUAAUGAGUCCACUGCCUCCACUGUACCGCCAGACCACAUGCCUGUUCCGGGGACCCCUGGCAUUCAUGUGUAUUCCACUUCUGAUAGACCUUUCCACUGCCCUGCCGUCCUCAAAGUCCCCCCUUAUCUGAAUUACAAGUUUCUAGAGGAGCCCGAUUGUGCGGCUCCCUGUGAGCCAUCCAGGAGCGGCGGUUACAUGUUUUUCAGUGAGAAAGACAUUCAGUUUUCCCGCGUAUGGAUUCUGGUCUGGUCAGUGCUCUGCUGUGCCUCUACGUUAUUCACGGUUACAACCUAUUUAGUUGACAUGCAGCGAUUCAGAUACCCUGAGCGGCCAAUUAUCUUCUUGUCUGGUUGCUACACUAUGGUCUCCAUAGCUUACAUAGCUGGAUACUUUCUGAGGGAUAAGGUGGCGUGCAAUGAUAGCUUCACCCCCGAUGGCUUUAAGACUGUUGUCCAAGGCACCAAAAAGGAGGGCUGUACCAUCCUCUUCAUGAUGCUGUACUUCUUCAGCAUGGCCAGUUCUAUCUGGUGGGUCAUUCUGUCUCUUACCUGGUUCCUGGCAGCAGGCAUGAAGUGGGGCCACGAAGCCAUCGAGGCCAACUCUCAGUAUUUCCACCUGGCAGCCUGGGCGGUGCCAGCUGUCAAGACCAUCAGCAUCCUCGCCAUUGGACAGCUCGAGGGCGAUGUCCUCAGUGGCGUUUGCUUCGUAAGCCUCAGCAACCGGGGGUUUGUUUUGGCUCCUCUUUUUAUUUACCUUUUCAUUGGCACCUCUUUCUUGCUGGCUGGGUUUGUGUCUCUGUUCCGAAUCCGCACCAUCAUGAAACACGAUGGAACCAAGACUGAGAAGCUGGAGAGGCUGAUGGUGCGGAUCGGAGUAUUCAGCAUGCUCUACACCAUCCCAGCCACCAUUGUCAUCGCCUGCUUCUUCUAUGAGCAGGCCUUCCGUCCACAGUGGGAGCACAGCUGGCUCAGCCAUAAUUGCAAAAAUCUGGCCAUCCCCUGCCCUACUCAGGCAUGGCCCCGCAUGACUCCAGAUUUCACUGUCUACAUGAUCAAAUACUUGAUGACCCUCAUAGUGGGCAUCACCUCUGGUUUCUGGAUCUGGUCUGGCAAGACUCUGCACUCCUGGCAUAGGUUUUACACAAGGCUGACAAAUGGCAAGCAUGGAGAAACCACUGUGUAGGCAUUAGACCAAACAAAAGACUCUUCAGUUGUGUUGCAAAGACUGAUAUGUGUAUUUUUGGCUUGUUUCCCACGUGAUAGGUAUGUUUCACAGUUAGUAGUUGUAGGCUCUUUUAGCAGUUGUAUUUGACUCAGUUUUAUAGCCAUACAUGCAUGCCAAACUGAGAGUUUGACAAAAGGUCAAGCUGGAUAAACUGAACCUGCCGCCUGAACAACUAACAAGCAUGGCUAUAGCUUUCAUGUACUGAAACAUUCUCGUCCCCCAACUCUUUUCUCAAAGCCAAUGUAAACUCAAAGGGAGAGAUGAUCCACCAGCAAAGAAUGGAGACGGAGACGGGGGAUGAGCGGUGUCAGACUGGCCGUUUAUUCUCUUAUAUGUAAUUGAAAUUGUAAAUAGUAUUUUUGUAAAAACAUGGAAUUUUAUAUUUGUAUUUAAAGAAAUUGCUUUUUCACUACCAGUGUGCAAGGUUUAUUUUUGCACUGUAUGGUAAAACAUUUUUACCUAUGCAUUUUAGUAGAAUAGGCUGGACUGGAAGAUUAGUGAUGUCACCAUGGAGAUAAUUGUCAUAUAAAAAUAUCUAACCAGAAUACCGAAACUGGGUAUCAAUCUGGCAUUCCUCAAUGAACACAUUCUUAGAAUUGAUACACAAGGCUAAUUUUCAAGACAGUUUUAUGCUACCUAGUCAAAGUAGCUACAUUGGUGAAUCGCUGUUGCAACCGGGCUAACUUGGAAGCUAGCCCACUGAGAUAAUGAGUUAAAAUUUACUUGAACUAAAUCUCUUUUGUCUAUCCAGUCUUUUUAGUAGCUGGCUACAGAUUCCAUUGAUCUGUUUUUGGAAUGUUUUACAUUCUAACAGAGUUGGAGGUGUUUAUGAAAUUUGCUAACAGCCGCCUUCAUUUUGGUUCUGUUGCCCGCCUCAAGAAAGCUGGUGAUUGUAUUGUUGAGCUCAACAGAAGACAUCUGUGUAGAUUAUUUGAACAAAUAUUUCGACUGCUAGAGUAAAGCAGCACAUUUGUGGUAGAUUACUUUGGGAUUAUUUGAAAUUUCUGAAAUUUUGUUGCCAGAAUUCUUGAGUGAUCAAUCCAUAUACAUUAAGUCUAGAAAUGUCCUCCAGUUAUUGUCGUCUUGUCUUUAUUUGUAUGUUUUUAGGGUUUGUGUAUGUUUUUUUUUUUUGCAUAGCAACAAAAGCUAUUUCAGUAUAUUUUGCCACAUAGUCGGUCUUCAUUAAUCAAAAAUGUUUCCCAAGUGCUUGCAAAAAUAUGCAGAAAUCAAAUAAAUCAGAUGAUUUUGAUUU